UUGUAAAAGACACAGUAAAAUUUUUUUUUCUAAGUUCCAUUAAUUGAGUUAAAAAUUAUGAACCAUGAUUCUCGUUUUUUUUUUCGUUUUCAAAGACAGGUUGUCGUUUCCGAUGCAAUUCGUGAAUUGAUUGCAGAUGUUAAUAUUGAUCAUGCUUUGUCUGUUCUUUCUAAAGGACAAUAUUUACAAAAGUACUGUCUCUCACGUUUUAAUCAUCGCCACUAUGUUUUUUUUUUCACGGAUAGUGAAACAUUGGCGUUAAAAUGGAAGUCUAGAAAGCAUUCUUAUGAAAGAACUCAAAUACCUUAUGCGGAUAUCGAACGUGUUGUUCCUGGCGUAGAUUCGGAUUUUUGGAGAGACAAGCCGGAAAAGCAAAGAUUACAUGGCAUUGAAAUCAUUUUACACUGGAGAAAAUUACGUUUUACAUGUUCUCACUUGGCCAACUGGAAAAUUUGGUUUGCGGGUCUACUAUAUCUUCAAUAUAAAACGCAAAUAGAAUUUCAACCUCAAUCAAUGCUUUUGCAUCAUAUGCUAGAGUUGAAUUGGUAUAAAAUGGUGUCCACUAAAAAUGGAUCUAUAAGCUUUUCUGAUUUAAUGCAGUUUUUUUAUAAAUUCCACUAUCCCGCUGAUAAAGAUUACAUUAGAAAAUUAAUUGAAGUGUAUUAUCCAGAAUGUUCCACGACUUUAAACUAUGCCGUUUGUCAAAAGAUUAUACGAAGUACACUAAUCCAUGUAGAUAUUAUGGUGUAUUUUGAGAUAUAUAAAAACAAAGACACAAAUUUGAUGACUAUAGAGGGGUUCAAAAAGUUUUUAGUAGAGGUUCAAGAAACACCUCAGUGCUUUCUUGAAGAAGAGGCAGAGUCAAUGUUAAACCUUCAUGCCUCUUUACGUAAUGAGGAUGGAAUGAGUGUUUUGGGUUUUAAUUUCCUAUUAUGUAGUGAAUUAAAUUCCAUUAUGAAUUUAAGAAAACAAAAAUUAAACCUUGCUACAAUGAAUUGUCCGUUAAAUCAAUACUGGAUAUCAUCAUCCCAUAAUACGUAUCUAACAAGAGACCAAAUGGUUGGAAAAUCCGCUGUAGGACAGUAUAUCAAAGCGCUUUUGAAUGGUUGUCGAUGCGUCGAGUUAGAUUGUUGGAAUGGUAGUGAAGGAGAACCAAUAAUAUAUCACGGGCAUACUCUAACAUCUAAAAUAUCUUUUGAAGCAGCUAUUCGAGCAUGUAGAGAUUAUGCUUUUCACAAAAGUGAGUAUCCGGUAAUUCUCUCUUUAGAAAUGCACUGUUCUUCUACGCAAAAAAAACGUGUUGGAGAAAUUUUAAAAAAUAUUUUAGGUUCAAGUUUGUACCGUCAUCCAGUGGGAGCUCCUAUACCAACUCCUCUACAGCUAUUAGGACGAUUUAUUGUAAAAGGACGCGUUCCUAUUAACUUAAAUUGUAGAGACCUUCAUUAUUAUGAAAAAUAUGAUUUUCUGAAUGAUGAAGAUGACGAUUAUGCUGACUCGGGUUUAAUUUAUCCGACAGAUUAUUGUGUAGACGUUCCACAUCAUCUAAUAUAUGAUGAUAGUUCGCAUCCAUCGUCCGCUUCAGUAGAUGAAGAAAAUCCUUAUUUCUCUGAUCUACCAUCACAAGAGAAUGAAACACAUUCAUCGUUGAAAGAAUAUUACUCAUUGAUUUCUUUACGAGGCUAUGCUUUGUCAUGGUUUAAUCAGCAAAAUUGUGGUGGCCAAAUGGGUAUUUGUUCAUUAAAUGAGAAAACCUUUAGUGCACUUGCUCGUAAUCAUUCAGAAGAAUUAGCCAAGUUUCAUAAAAUGCACUUUUCACGAGUGUACCCUGCAAGAACACGUAUGAUGUCAUCGAACUUCAAUCCUAUGGAAUAUUGGUUAUACGGAUCUCAAAUGGUUGCUCUGAAUUUUCAAGCAGUGGGACUUGCUACCUUAAUGAAUUUAGGGCGCUUUCGUGAAAACGGUGGUUGUGGAUAUAUCCUAAAACCACCACUUUUAAGACAACCAAAUCAUGUUUUUUUACCAAAUGCUAAACUAAAUCCCUAUCUUUUAAAUUUAGUACAUGAAUUCCCGCUUCGAAUAACAAUUCAGAUUCUAGGGGCACAACAAUUGCCUUACACAUCAAUGCUCCAAAAGUGGAAAAAGAAAAGAGAUACAACAUCAACCUACGUUGUUGUUCUUCUUGAGGGUAUAAAAAAAGAUUUAAAAAUAUAUAAAACUGCUCCCGUGUCAAAUAAAUUCACAAAAAUUCGGUGGACAAACGAGAUUUUUGUAUUUAACAUAACUUUGCCAAGUGUGUCGUUAUUUGUUUUUGAAGUUCGAUGUAGUGAUACUUUGGGGUCUUAUUUUUUAGCUGGGUCUUCCCUUCCAGUCUCGUGUAUGCGACCGGGAAUACGCUGGGUAUCUCUUUUCAAUUCCAAUUUGCAACUGUUGAAGUGGUCCGGACUUGUUGCUCGUGUGCAGAUAAAAACACUACCAUUAACAUUUUAGCUUUUUUUCCACAAGGCUGACAAUACGUUACUAAGGACUGUGAGGAGAAUUUUUUUUUUUCGUAAUGACAUGUAAUUUAAAAUAAGUUACCUAGGUCGGUUUAUUUACAAUAUUUUUUUUUUAAUUAAAACGAUGAAAUCGAGGAUUUGAACACAUUUUAACAUCUAGGUUUUUAUAAUCUCCUAUUAAAGGGAAAGUUAAUGAACAAAAAGGUCACUAAAUUAAUCCGCCAGCGCAUUAUCUAAACAAAAAAGCCAGAAACACAUUUAAUCAACAAAGAAUGUUUGGUACCAUUUAUCACAUAUUUCGAUAAAAUUCUUUUUUUCGUAAAAAUAACGUGUUGAAGAAGAAAAAUCGCUAAAUUAACGUCAAUAAAUACAAAUAGUGUAAAUUAAAGUUUGAAAACGGAAACACUUAAGUUUUGUUUUAAAUUGAAAAUACAAAAAAAGGAAAUCAUUCAAAAAAAAGAACUUGUUAUAAAACAUGCUGCAAAAACUUUUUUCUUGUCUAUUGCAGGAAAAAGACAUGAUUUUUGGUUGAUGUUAAACCAAGUUUUCUUAGUUUUUCAAAACCAAAAACUAUUCGUUCAACUGUAACACAAAGCUAAACAUUGUAAACAAAACUUUUCAGAAUAGUCCGAAAAUCGUUGUUUCUAAAGUCCCGUUUAAAGUUUCAAUAACAGAGAAAAAUUCGAAGUAACGUUGAAUUCAAAUUGAAAUAUUUAUCGCAAAAUAUUGUAAAGAAUAGUGCUUACUUGAUAAACAAUAUUGACAAAUGCUGAAUUGCAGCAUCAUAAAGCAUCAGUGUAACUUUCUUUUUGUAAUUGUAAUAAGAAAAAUUGUGGUAAAAACAAAAGAUACUCGAAAGUUUUGUUCCUGUCGUUGUGUGCUCACAAAUAAGCAUUUUUUAUCCGGAGUGAUGAGAAAAUGUUGUUCGUUUCAAUGUUUAUAUAAACUUAAUAUGAAAAAACUAUUUUUUGACUCAGUAUUUUUGUUGUAUUUAGUUGAACCUUUUUAUUUUUUCAUUAAAUUUAUGUUGAUAGUUUAAAUACAACGUAAAACAAUGUGUUUCACACAGUUUAACUAAUCACACAUGUGUAAAAUAUCGUAUUUGUUUCAUUUAAAAUCAAA